GGAGGAGAUAUGAUAUGAUGAUGAAGGGAAAGGUCAAAAUUAGAGACCAAAUCACAGGGUUCAGAAUCUAAAUCCACUCUUCUUCCGAGAUAAAGUCUUUUUGUUGAAUACAAAAUAAUUUAAAAAAUCUAAAAAAAAAUUGCAGUGCGAGCCCUGGCAGCACACAUCUUUGUGUCUCCCUUUACUCAAAGAUGGAACCUAAUGACAACCAACUCAGCUCCUUCUUCCAUCACCACCACCAUCACCACCACCACCAGCAACCCUCCACCGCCGCUACCACUACCGCUUCCCCCACCAACGGCCUCUUGCCCAACGCCGAUGGGUCCCACAUGCUCUACCCUCACUCCGUUGCUUCCGCGGUUUCUUCUCAGCUUGAACCUGCCAAACGGAAGCGUGGAAGGCCCAGAAAGUAUGGAACCCCCGAACAAGCUCUUGCUGCGAAGAAAGCCGCAACCACGUCGUCUCAGUCUUUCUCUUCCGAGAAGAAGACCCACUCUUCACCUUUCCCUUACUCUUCCAAGAAAUCCCAUUCCUUCGCUUUAGGUAAUGCAGGACAAGGCUUCACUCCACAUGUCAUUUCUGUUGCUGCUGGUGAGGAUGUUGGCCAGAAAAUUAUGUUAUUUAUGCAACAAAGUAGGCGUGAGAUGUGCAUUCUGUCUGCUUCUGGUUCCAUCUCUAAUGCCUCUCUUCGCCAGCCAGCAACUUCAGGAGGCAACAUUACAUAUGAGGGUCGGUUUGAGAUUAUUUCACUUACUGGUUCCUAUGUCCGAAAUGAACUUGGAGGUCGAUCUGGUGGUCUUAGUGUAUGCCUAUCUAAUACUGAUGGACAAAUCAUAGGUGGUGGAGUUGGUGGGCCCCUUAAAGCAGCUGGUCCAGUUCAGGUCAUUGUUGGUACUUUCUUUAUUGACACCAAGAAGGAUACUGGUGUUGGUGUAAAAGGUGAUGCCUCUGCCCCCAAGUUGCCAUCACCAGUUGGCGAACCAGUAUCAAGUUUAAAUUUCCGUCAAACAGUUGACUCUUCAAACACAAAUCCAAUCCGCGGAAAUGAUGAGCAUCAAGCUAUAGGGGGAAGUCAUUUCAUGAUUCAACAGCUUGGUUUGCACGCAACACCUCCGCGGUCCACAGACUGGGGGGGUCGUCCGGAUUCAAGAAAUACUGGUUUUGAGCUGACAGGAAGAACAGGUCAUGGGGCACACCAGUCUCCUGAGAAUGGUGGGUAUGAGCAAAUUCCGGAUUGAGAAAUUGAGAUGGUUUUUGGGUUUGAAAGCACCAAUCAAUGUGUGGUAGACAGAUGUAUGAUAUCUCUACAUACCAGCAAUCUUUGUCACGUGAUGCCGUUUAUAGUAUGCCCAUUCAUUAAGGAUCGUGGCUUCUGAAAAUUAGUACUCAUGCUUGUCCUUGAACAUAUUCUUCUGCCUCGUUUACUCAUCAUGUAUUUAUAAAUCAGGGUUGCCGGCUAAUACUUCAUUUUUUUGCGGGCCUGUUAGUUUUUCUACACCAGAAUUAAUAAGUUAGAUAUAUGUUUCCUAGAUUAGGUUUUUUAUGGCCUAUAUUUUCCCUUCCAUUUUCAAGAUGCACUCUUAAUAUUAUGUCCAGCUUAAAUUAUUAUAGUUCUU